AACUUUCUGCCUCCAUGUAUACCCAAACGCCAGAGGAGGGCGCCAGAUCUCAUUACAGAUGAUUUAGAGCCACCAUGUGGUUGCUGGGAAUUGAACUCAGGACCUCUGGAAGAGCAGACGGCGCUCUUAACCACUGAGCCAUCUCUCCAGCCCCCUAAAAGUUGUAUACUUUUACCCAAUCCUGAAACGCCAAGGCUUGUGCCACUCUGAUUGUGGUCUUUCCCUUUAAAAAGCCCUUACCCUGAAGCUCAGGGGCUUUUCUUCCCCACCUGAUGUGUCUGCGUGUAGGAUUAAAGUCCAAGUUAGCAAGUUUGUAAUCAGUAAACCCCAAUGUGUUAACUGAGGAGGAGAUGUAAAAGGGGAGAAAAAAGCUGUUUCCAAAAAGUACCCAUGCUGUUCUUAGGAGUGCAAGUCUUUCGGUCACUUAAAAGUUAGAGAGGAGGGGAAAUAUUGUCAGGCUAGGACUCAACAUCUCCCACGAAAAGGCAACUAAUCACACUAUCUAAGAUGCUUUCCCCAGGUCCUCGGGUGCCCUGGCAAUACAAGCAAGCAUCCACAACUGCAGACAAACUGCCCGAAAGGACAGGGACUCACCAAUGACAUUAAAACCUACACAACAGCAAAUUCCUAACUUGGCAUCUGGUCCACCCGCUAGUUUCUUAUUAGUAUGGUUCCCGUGAAUUUGCCAACACCGGUCUGUUCCUGGAACUUCCUAUUCCAAUGCCAUACAGGCAACAGACCAGAUUAUCAGGGGUCAAAGUCCUAGUCACUAGAGUUUAGUGGGAAAGAUUCAUAACUAGAUUUUGGUUUCCAUUCAACACCCUUCCGCACUCUUUCUCUCCGCUCCAGCGCCCUAGGAUGAUCACCCUGUCCCAGGCGCUGGCAGGUGACAGCAGCAGCUGUGGUAGGUGACAGCAGCAGCUGUGGUCGGGUGAGAUGACCCUUUCUAACACUCUAGGUGGUGCUCUGGCGCCGGGAUCACGCUCCUCCCACAAGCAGACGCGUGGGAGCCUAGAGGCCGUUCUUUCUAAAGCCGACGAGUUCAUCGAGUUUCGGGAGAGCGCUCCACGAGCUGGAUCUGAAGGCCACCUGACCAUGAGCGUCCCGCUGCGAUCCGGCCCGAGCUCCUGGCGGCGGGCAGGCACCGUGGUGCUGGCCGCAGCCCGGGGUCCCGCCGCCCGUCAGUCCGCUGACAGCUUCCGGCUGCUGUUUCUCCAGCGCUCCCAGAACCAGCGCUUCUUGCCGGGCGCGCACGUCUUCCCGGGCGGUGUGCUGCACGCCGCCGAUAGCUCGGCCGACUGGCUGCGACUCUUCGCGCCUCGGCACACGCCGCCGCGUUUCGGCCUGGGCCCGGCGCCGCCUUCGCAACUCCCUUUUCCGGGACUGCUCUACGAGGACGACGGCGCCGGCGCUGGGGCGCUGCCUGAUGAUGUGGCGCUGCGCAUCUGCGCCAUCCGCGAGACCUUCGAGGAGGCUGGGGUGCUGCUGCUGAGACCUCGGAGCUCGCCCCCCGCUUCUCAGGAGCCCGGUCUGGCGCUGCCGCCUCCGCCCGGCCUGGGCGACUGGCGCUCGCGCGUGCGCAGUGACCCGCGCCACUUCCUCCAGCUGUGCGAGCACCUUGACUGCACGCCCGACAUCUGGGCUCUGAGCAACUGGGGCGGCUGGCUCACGCCGGUCGGGGGCGGCAGACGCCGCUUCGACACCACCUUCCACCUGUGCUGCCUGCGCGAGACCCCGCGCGUGGAGCCCGACAUGACCGAGGUGGUGGGCUACAAGUGGUUGUCUCCAUCAGAGGCCACGGAGUGUUUCCUGUCCAAAGAAAUCUGGCUGGCGCCACCACAGUUCUACGAGAUGAGAAGACUUGAAACUUUCGCCUCUCUCUCCGCUCUGUACAGCUUUUCCUCAGCUCGCCCCUUCGACAUGACUCAGAAAUGGAUGCCGAUAAUCCUGUCCACUGCUGAUGCCUCCAUCAUGCUCCUCCCAGGAGAUGAACUGUAUGUGAAAGAUGCAGAUUUCAUAGAAAACCCAAUGUCUACUGACAAAAAGACUGAAGAGAUCGUGAAGGAAGGCAAAGUCGUUCACCGAUUGGUGCGCCGCAAUCCCCACCUCUAUGAGCUCUAUGUGUCUCUCCGGUCAAAUCAGCACGUGUACCCUAAGAACUUUGCAGUGGACGCGAGCCUGACCUCCCGUUUGUAAAGCUGCUUGACUUGUGAGGGUCGCCUGAACUUGCCAGACGCAGAAGGAACGUGCCUGCGAACGGGACAGCAAGUUGUUGCCUGUGUCACGCAUGUUGUGGGCUCCUCUGCCAGUCCUCAAGCUGCACAGCAAGCCACAUAUGAGACGUAUGAUGUAUUUCUAGUACCUUGUUACUGAGAUAAAUGCUUUCGCAGA